AUCGACCCUCUUCCCACGGACCUAGCCGCUACCGAGGGCCCUGACUACUGGUCUUUGUCAGUCGUUUCGCCCACUUGUCGGUCUGCAUUUCUGGCCAUUCGAGACCCACGAACGGCCAAGGCUGGGCUUCUGCCUCAGUUCGCUAGAGGCGUCAACCUGGUCUGGUCAGCAGUUCCAGCUCCUCCAGGCACCUGGCGUACAUUCGAAGGCAUUGCUCCGCUUCACCUUCUCGCCUCUCAGCCGGCCAGACCCCUCAGGAGUUUCUAUGCCAUAUUCCCUUUGACUGGCGCUUCCAGACCGGACGUCCAGACGACGCCCACACGAAGACGCACACAGACAGGCAGGCAUGGACACUCGGAUAGACAGACAGUACCAGUGGACUUGCUUUCGACCGAUGGAUGGUGUGGGUCUGUACAACCGUUUCUUUCUUCGGCUCAGGUCCCAUCAUAG